AUGGCGUGGGGCUUGGGGCGCGGUGGGCCUCGGUGCCGCGGCGUGGGACCUCGGGGGCGGCGGCGGUUCUCGGGGCCGCGGCAUGGGACCUUAGGGGGCGGCGAGGGCUCGCGGGGCACCGGUGGGCCGCGGGGCGUCAGCGGGCCGCGGUGCCGCGGCGUGGGACCUCGCUCGAGGGCGUCGGCGGGCCGCGCGGCGUCGGCGGGCCGCGGUGCUGCGGCGUGGGAUCUCAGGGCGGCGCGGCUUAGGGGCCGCGAGGCCGCGGGGCAGACGUGCACGCGGCCACGGGCAGAUGUGCACGCGGCCACGGGCAGAGCUGCGCGGGGGCCCGCGUGGCAGAGGGGCGUGGGGCGGCGGCGGCGGCGGCCGCGGGCCGCGGGGGCCGAUGGUGAUAUGGAUGGAAGUUCUGCUGAAAACCAGGCUCCUCAUAGUAAAACUGCGGUGGUGGAUACUCUGAGUAUGGAGUCCAUGCCGGUGGCGGCCAUCCUCCACCACCUCUCCCUCUCGCUCUCCCUCUCCCCCAAUCUGCCAUUAGCACUCUCGACUGAAUCUGCUUGA